GUUCUCACGGGAAGUUACGAUCAAACUGUUCAAGUUUGGGAUGUGAGCAACUCGUCCUGUGUGUUUCGGAUAGAGCUGGAUGACAAAGUAAAAGCUGUAGAGUGGAUUGAUUUCGAUCUUGACGGAAAGGGUUCUGCAACAUUCGUCACUGGCGGUUUCGAUCAGUGCGCCUACCUGUGGACCUGGGAUUCAAAAUCCAAUCAAGUGAAAUGCGUGGCCGCUUGUCGAGGUCAUUCCGAAACAGUAAUGACUAUUGCUUCUGCCCCGUCUGGUUACAAAUUAUCCACUCCUGUAUUUGCCACUGGAUCAUGGGAUGGAACAAUCAAGAUUUGGUCUUCAGAAGCGUUAGCCAUGAUCGGAUUCCAGGGUCACACCGCUUGGCUAACUUCGGUUGCUUGGGCACCUCAUCGAGACAAUCAGUUCGUCACGGGUUCCGUUGAUCGUAGCGUUCGUCUUUGGGAUACCCGCAACCUGCGAAACUCUCUGUACGAUUUGAUGGGCCAUGCGGACAUGGUGACUGAUGUCAAUUGGGCACAGGCAACCAAGUUAACUAGCCCCACUCCUUCUGGAGACCAGUGCUCCACGAAACAUUUAAUUUUGAGUGCGUCUGCAGACGGAACUGUCAAAGUCUAUGAUUAUCCUAUUUGUGAGUAG